AUGGCAGCUGUAUCCAAGAUCAUAACCGUGGUGUUGCACAUCGUACAAAUCAUCUGCGCAAUCAGUAUCAUCGGCAUCGCUAGCAAUUACAUCGCAACCCACAAGUCCCGAAGUCUCGGCCAUCUCAGUCGCUUCAUAUUCGCAGAUGUUGUCGCCGUCAUAUCUACCUUCUUUGCUGUGAUCUGGCUCAUCCCCUUCUCGAGCAACUACAUGAACUGGUACAUCGAUGCUCUGCUUGGUGUCUUUUCCGCUGCCAUGGCCGGCUGGCUGGUCUAUUCAUCAGAGAAGCUCUGUGGGGAGAUCAACAGGCACGACGCAAAGGCAGUGCUGGACUUUGACGAUGUCGGUGCCACGUGGUGUACCAAGUGGAAAGCCCUUUAUGUCUUUGCCAUCAUCUCUGUCGCCUUGUGGAUCAUUUCUGCUGCCGUCGGAUACUUCUGGGUCAAGAAGAACAUGAAGGCUGCAAAGUCUCACUACAAGCCGUCUAGCGGUGGUCGUCGCCCUCGCGCUCGACGCUAA